UAUAAAAGUUAUGAAACGUUAUUUAGAGUUAAACAAAUUUACUUAAUUCAUUGUAGUUGGCUUAUAAUGCCUACGUCAAGUCUGGCUUCCCCAAUGUAAUCUUAAUCAAACCCACUCUCAUCCAGACUGAACCCUGCGGCUGCGCGGACGAGGUGCAUCCGAAACCAGGACAUCUAGUUUGCUAAUCGGUGUGUGACCUGACGAAUGGUGUGCCCAAAACGGAAGUGCACAAAAACAAACAGUGCCAGCAGGCCAGCAGUAUUCUGAUUUCCGCACUUCCGCCUGUGGCAGUAUGAGCUCGCACUAUCUCAACUCCUGUGUGAAGGUGCCCAUUGAUCCGUGCAACAACUGUCCAGCUCCAACCUACAAUCGACCCAAGCUCUGCUCGCUGGGAGGAAAGAAGCCUUCAGAUAACGCCUCCACUGUGUUACCGGAGAGACCUGCCUGGAGCAGUCAGAUGGGUAUUAGAUCCCUGGCCAAGUUUUACGACAGUAUACCUGACUACUGUGAUGUGAGGCACCUGCACCAGGCGGAGUUCUACUCCACGUUGGAGAGUUUGCGCAGCACUAGUCGUGAGCUGCGAUCUCAGCCAGCUGCGGGGUCAGCAUCCCGACCAGCUACAGCUUCAAUUCCACCUACAGCUCCUCCUCGUGAGCGAUGUGCCAGUGCCAGCAGCAGCAUCUUGGGACAUGGCAAGUCCAAAAAGCGGUCAACCAAGGGCAAAAAGACGAAAAAGCCUCCACUGGUGCUGGGACCACUUCAUCCUCCACCUGUUGUCCCCGAGACCCCUGACCACGAAGAUCGUUGUGUGACACCUGCUGUAUUGCAUACCCCUAGUUCAAGUUGCCUGAGCGAGGAGUACGACAAGUGCCUCAGGGAUUUGAGCCGGCUGAAGAGCUUCAAAGAGGAUUAUGCUGUGGAGGUGGCUGACUUCAAGAGAUCCCUCAAGAGUUUUGAGGCGGAGUUCCGGCGGAAAUCCAAGCCCACCUGCAGCAAUGCGACUCAGACGCAGACUCACAGCCAGCCUCCUGCCCGUUGUCAUAUCCCUGCUAAUCCUGGCCAGCACACGGCGGAACGGGCCAAGUGUCGCAGGGAGAUGUUGCGUAGGUCCUUCAGUGUCAACGAUAUCGGUGGAACUGCCACGGAAUCGGAACCUCUGAAAUCGCCUAUAAAAUCCGCUAAGCCUGUACUCAGCAACUAUUUUCCCACUUCCAAGGAGGAACAUGUGCCCAAGAUACAAAUACAGUCACCCACCGCCUCCUCGAAGAGGAGCAGUAGUGCAUCCACACUCCUGAGAGGCAGAGGAAGACGCGGACGGGGUAGGAAGCCCAAGCCGAUACCAACCAAAGUGGAGGAGAAGCCACUGCCAGCGGUGACCAUGUUUGAUUUGCUCGGGGAGCCGCUCCAGAGACGAUCACCUAGUGUGUCUCCCUUACAUCCAGUUGCGCGUCCCAAUCUGGCGGCCACCUUGAGAGCUGAAGUUUCCCGGAAAAAGGUCAAGGAGUUAAAGAACAACUGCACUUUUCACGAUCCACGGCCGCAAUUCGAUUGGGAGGUGCGGAAGACGCCGGCCUGGAAGUCGUUGUCCUUAAACGAAUCCCACAAGGCCCUUUUAUCCAUUCGUUUGGCUACUCGGAAAGCGGAGCAAGCACUGCAGGAGCGACAAUAUGAGCUCCAUAUGGAGAUGAUGCGGAACCGGGUGAAGUCCGCUCCCCUGCUCCUCGAAGGACCCACGUUUUGGGGUCCGGAGGUGGGAAAACUGAGCCACAGCUGCCGGAGUGAGGGUAUGCGUCACUCCUGCGAAGGCAGUCGUCAGCGGCGGAAGAAGAAGUCCGAAUGCUCUGUGGCUGAUGCAGAGACCAAGCUGGAUCAACUUCGUAAAAUCUAUGGCUCGGAAAAGUCCUGUUCGAGACAAUCGCAAAGGAGCAAGCGAUCCGCAAGGAGGCCUCGGGAACAAGUAACGGAGACACCGAGUCACGACAGUGGCGAUGACCUAUGCAGCGUGGACAGAGCCUUCCUCUAGAGAAUCACCUAUUUAUCAAGA